CAACCUGUGAAGUCUGUCCAGACGUUGAUCUCCUUCAAGAACCCAGAACAGCUCUCUGGCUUGAUCACGCGCUCAGACCAGGAGCUCGGUGGGUUCAGCACCGUGAACCUCGAUGUGGAGGGCGGGGUUGGCCACUUCCAUGGUGUGCUGAACUUGGACCCGCCUUCUAACAAGCCCGAGUUCCUAUACAGUGGAUAUGCCAUGUUCCGCACAAAGGACCAGCCUUCAAACGGCAGUUUCCUGUUCCCACAGUCCCAGUUCUGGGACUGGGACAACUUCCACAACGUUGUGCUCAGGGUGAAAGGCGACCAUCGUAAAUACUUUGUCAAUAUCCAAUCGCAGACAUCCGUGGCUACCGAUCUCUACCAGCAUCGUCUGUUCCUGACAAAACCAGGUGAAUGGGAAACGGUUACGAUCCCAAUUGACGACUUUGUCCUCACAAACCGUGGUAUCAUCCAGCACCAGGCACCAAUGGACCGUACAAGGGUCAAGACCCUGGGAAUUGGCCUCACAGAUGGCCAAUUCGGUGAAUAUAGCCUGUACAUUGACGAAAUCAAGGUGGAGAGAGGUGACGAAGAAGCACAGAGAAAAAGAGAGGAGAAAGAAAAGGAACAAGUGGACAGUGGUGAUACCUUUAGCGACAUGAGAACAUGA